AUGACAGCAAAACAAUUUCUCGAAACUCGUGCCUUACAGAUUUGGCAAACUUGGGCUAGAAAUAUUCCUGGUGAAGUUAUUUUCUUUGUUUCUGAAAGAACAGAAUUGAGCUCUAAAAUUAAAAAUUCUGGAAUGAAAAUUAUUUCUUUGCGUGGUGUUGAUGAUUCUUAUCCGCCUCAAAAGAAGUCAUUUGCAAUGUUAAGUUUUCUUCAUUUAUUAGACCCUUCUAAAGUUCUUUUACUUGGCCAAGCAGGUCUGGGUAAUGUUGAAGAGUAUGGGCAACUUUCACUUGGCACAAAUGAUAAUUAUUGUAUGGGAGGGCCGGGGGUUAUAUUAUCGAAGGAAACACUCAGACAAUUAGCCCCUUAUUUGGAGCUUUGUUUAAAUUCUUUGUUAACAACACAUGAGGAUGUUGAAUUGGGAAGAUGUAUUAGAAGGCAUGUUGGCCUAGCGUGUCCAUGGAAUUACGAAAUGCAAACUUUAUUUCACAACAAUGCAUCAAUUGCCAAUUUAUUUACUAAUCAUUUAUCAGCUUCCAUUAAUUCACAUACAUUACGUCAUUUAUUUACUCUACAUCCCGUCAAAAAUCCAAUAGCAAUGAGAUAUAUUCAUUUAAGGGUGGAAAUGAUUAAACUUUCAGAAUUACGUCAAAAAAGAAUGGAAUUAAUGGAACAAAUAGAGGAAAUUAAGGGGAAAAACAAAAAGAUUGCAGAUCAACAACCUCAAGUUUUAAAUUCUGAAUAUUCAGGUGCUUCUUCAAAUCACAACGCUCUUUUCUCUGGAUUAAUUCCAAAAGUGCCAACUUCCCCAGAGAAUGUUCCUAUUUGGGAAUUUAUUUCUUCAGACACAAAACUUUUAUAUUGUAUUAACAAACCAAAUUGCCCCAAACAUACAUUAGAGGCUGAAUUAAGAAGACAAAUUUCUGAUAUUUUAAUUAAAAUUUUUGAUGAAUUUAAUUUAAAUGCACUCCAAAAAGGAAGAACUUUGCAUUUUCAACGAGUUCAGUAUGGCUAUAUGAGAAUACAGCCGAAAUUUGGUGUUGAUUUUGUUCUCGAUAUUGCUUUACGUUAUCACCGAUUACGAGGCCCUUUACACUCUCGAGCUCCUUUAACAGUUCGUCGACAUGCUUAUGUUCAACAACGUUUUGGUCAACUUCAAUCUCGCUCACUAAUAAUUAAAAGAAAGAGGAAAAUUGAAGAAAACCAAAUAAUUAAUAUUUUAAUUGCUUUAAAAGGAAGAGCUGAAGUGUUUGAUAGAUUUGCAAAUAAUUUGAUAAGAAUAGCAAAUGGACGUGGGGAAAGUAGCGAUAUUAGACUUGUUUUAAUUCUUUAUAGGUAA